AUUUUCAGAUUAUUUGUUAAAUUUAUUCCGUUAAGUUAAUUUGAUGUGAAAACGUAUAAAUUAGUCUGAGAUCAACAGAAGAUUUGUUCCUGGCUGCUGCCAAACUUUCAGUUUGAAGAUUCAAUUUUUUGUGGCUAAGCAUAUAAACAGCCAUGGGUUGUUGCUGUAGAAAAGCUGUUAAGCCACCUGGUACAACAGACACCAAUCGAUACCAACCCAAUGUUGGGUCAAAUCCGAUUGUCAUCGGCGCUCCUGGCCCCUCAAUGUCUCCAAGCAUGGGUCCAAUGUCUCCUGGAGGGGGCGGGGGCUACAAUAGUCAACCGUUUAAUCAGCCCUCUCUUUCAAUGAACUCGGGACAGACUUCAGGUUCGACAACCAGGUUUGUCGCUCUGUAUGACUACGAUGCAAGAACAGAAGAUGAUUUAACUUUCAAGAAAGGGGAUCAUCUCCUUAUUUUAAAUAACACUGAAGGAGACUGGUGGCAUGCAAGGUCAAUCCAAACCAACAAAGAAGGUUUUGUUCCCAGUAACUAUGUAGCUCCAGUUGGAGGAUUAGAAGCAGAAGAUUGGUUCUUUGGCAAAAUUGGACGCAAAGACUCUGAACGUCUAUUGAACAGCCAGGGAAAUCUAAGAGGAACUUAUCUUAUUCGAGAAAGUGAAACAGCUCAAGGGACAUUUUCUUUGUCUAUAUUGGAUGAAGAUCCGCACAAAGGAAUGAAUGUUAAACAUUAUCGUAUUAGAAAACUUGACAGUGGUGGAUUCUAUAUCACAGCAAGAGCACAGUUCGACUGCCUCAAGAGUCUUGUCCAGCAUUAUGCAAACGGGGCCGAUGGCUUAUGUUGCCGCCUGACCCAGGCAUGCCCCAUGGCUGAAAAGCCGCAAACAAUCACCAUCGCAAAAGACGUUUGGGAAAUUCCCAGAGAACAACUCGAAGCUCAAAAGAAACUCGGAGCAGGAAUGUUCGGCGAAGUCUGGAAAGGUCUUUGGAAUGGCACAACUGAAGUUGCGAUCAAAACUUUGAAACCUGGCACGAUGUCGCCAGAAGCUUUCCUUGAGGAAGCUAAAGUAAUGAAAAUGCUUCGUCAUGAAAAACUUGUCAGCCUUUAUGCAGUGGUCUCUGCAGAACCAAUUUACAUCGUUACUGAAUUCAUGUGCAAUGGAAGUCUUCUUGACUAUUUGAAAGAUGGAGAUGGCAAGAUGAGCAAACUUCCAGACCAGAUAGACAUGGCAGCUCAGAUUGCAUCUGGAAUGGCCUACGUCGAACGCAUGAACUACAUCCAUCGUGAUGUACGUGCUGCUAACGUCCUCGUCGGCAAACAAGCAGUUUGCAAGAUUGCCGAUUUUGGUCUUGCUCGUCUUAUUGAAGAUGAUGAAUACAAUGCGAGACAAGGUGCCAAGUUCCCAAUCAAAUGGACGGCACCUGAGGCUGCUUUGUACGGACGCUUCACUAUCAAAUCGGACGUGUGGAGUUUUGGAAUUUUAAUUACAGAAAUCGUUACCAAGGGUAGAAUCCCAUAUCCAGGAAUGAUGAACAGAGAAGUACUGGAACAAGUAGACAGGGGAUAUCGUAUGCCGAGACCUCAGCAAUGUCCAGAAUCUUUAUACGAACUUAUGAUGCAGUGCUGGCAUAAGGAUGAUAUGCAGAGGCCAACUUUUGAAUACUUGCAGGGAUUCCUUGAAGAUUAUUUCACUGCAACAGAACCCAAUUAUAGAGAAGCCGAUGAUUUUUGAACAUUUGAGAACAAUUUUCUCACUUUUAAAAAUGUUACUGUACGCGUAAGAGCAAUCUAAUACUAAUAAAGGCAAGAAGAUCGAGCCCAAUAUCACAUGAAAGUUACCAUUUAGAAAGAUUAUCAUAAACCAUGCAUGGUAUAUAGAUAAGUAUAUGAUAAACAUGCAUGGGUGGUGAUUCACCGAUCGUGAACCAAUUAUUCACUCUAUUGAGCCUUUUUAGCUGACAUCAGCGAUUUUGCCUUAUUUUUUUACGCUUUUACAUAUAUCAAUUUCGCUAUAUAUUACUAAAUAAUCAUUGUAGACCCCUUUUCUCUCUGAUCUAUCUGCGGCAUAUAUAUAUAUAUAUAUUAAAUAAUCUUCUUUCUGAACGAUUUUAUUAGGGGAUUAUCGAUGCUGUAUGCUUUCCCUUUACAUGAGAUCUGUAUAAUAUGGUUUUGUUCCUUUAAUAGGCAUUGCUUAACUGCCUCUUUGUUCUGGAUUAAAUGGAGUUUCAAAUCACAACUGCCAGAUUAAAAUAUACUGAGAAACUCUGUAGUAGGUCACUAUAUUUUAGAAUUAACAGCGCUUUUCGAAAUGAUGCUCAAAGCGCUUCUGAAGCGAAAUGCAUUUUCUGACUCGAUUCCUCGAUAGGUCUGCUGUUUUAGUUUUGUGUGGUGAAAACUUGACUUUUAUAUCAAUCUAAUUAUAUGAUUUUGCAUAAAUAUUCUCUCUUGUUGGCUAUUUCUAUACUCGUUCAAAUUUACAUCGAAAAUAACUAUGUACAUUCCAAAUUUCUGAAAAAAAAAAGAUUUUUUGUCAACAAGUUUGCAGGUUAUUAUUCCUGGAAAGUUCCCAAAAUAAUGACGUGCCUUGCAUUUAUUAUUAUGAUGUCACACAGAUAUGAUAUUACAUGAAAACGUAAUAAUAAUUUAUACUAAUUCAUAAUGUAUUAUGUGUUAGAUACGCAUGCCUAUACGCUCCGGCGGCGUUCAUCAUCUGAUCUUCUUAUUCUCGCCCAAGACUUUAUGUCGUUUUUGUGUAGUGUGUAAAUUAUGCUAUGCAGAAACAUCAGUAAACAAUUAUGUAAUCUAAAAAAAAAUUUAAUUGAAUUUUUGUGUUUGGAAGUUUAUCAUGGAAUCGUGCUUAAUGAUAUGAUGAUAACUUUCCAUUUGACAUGCUUUUUUUUCCCUGUUUAUCUCUCUCUUGCAUUUGCUUGAAAUAUUAAAGUCAUUGACAUUUUUGUGCGAUUAACAGCUUUUUUUUAUGCAUUUUAGUGAUGAAAAAAUUGUCAAUUUUUGCAAAAAUGGGCAAUGUAGUGUUUUAUAGUUAAACAACCCAGAAUUUUUUUUGUUGCAGAUCAGUUUAUGUAAAGGUAGUAUUACUCUUACAGUCUAUCAAUAACAAAUAUGAAUGCUGAUUCGAUUUUCUUUCAUUACUCUCGUCAGGCAUUGUUUUGUAAUUUAUAAUCUGCAAAAAAAUAAUUCUUGAGUUUGAUGAACACCACUAGAUGUCUCCCUUAAUCAUUAAAGUUGUGAUUGUCAAGCCAUCUAAGGGAUUUUGCCAUUGGGAAAUAUAUUUAAAAAAGGACCAAAUUUUAUUAUAACUACCAUUAUUUUUUCUGUAUUUUCUUUAUGAACAGUUUGUAUGUGAAUCAUUUUAUUUCAAUUUUGUGUGUAAAAAAUUUCGUUGUCGUUUUUUGUAGGAAACAUAUUAAAUUAAUGACGUUUUCUAACUCUAUUCAUUUACUUAACCAGUUUUAUUGGUUUCGUAAAUAAAUUAUUAAUCAAGCAAAAUGGAAUUUGUAUCUUCUAAGUUUUGCAAUUUGAAACUGAUUGAAACCAAUAAUAUUUUAUCUGAGACUUUAGAAAAUCCAUUUUCCUCACAAUGAUCAGUAUGCUUAUUUCACCACUGAAAAUUGACAAUGCUUCUCUGUCGUGUAUGUAUAUGUCCACCAAUUUUUUCCAAUUCUAAUGUUACUCGAAUGUUUGAAUAAACGAUAUUGCGAAUAUUUCAAAGCAAAGUGAUACGAAAAGGCGAAUUUUAAAAUUUCGGAAAAAAAUGAUUUGAAAAUAUGACGAAGAAAUAGAAGCUACUUUAAGGCAAUAUUGGGUAAUAUAGUAAAGCGUGUUUCAAAAUUAAUAAAACCCACAAAAUUGGAAAUCAAAUUAAUUGGUUUCAUUUAUUUUGAUACAUCCUGUAUUCCAAAAAAUGUAACCGGAGUUUAUAAAGCAAAAAUAUACUUUUCCUAAUUUCUUCCAAACAGUUUCACCUUUUGGUUAAAAAGCUGAAUAUAUAUAAAUUUUGUAUUGUGGGCGGAGUUUAAUGAUAAAAAAAAAUAGAAAUUUUUUAAGAAGUUAUUGAUUUUUACGCUAUUGAUAAAAUCAAGUCUGUCUGCACCAAGUGAUUUUAUCGAAACUAUUUUAUGAAUAAGUGCAGUUUCUCUUUAUUGAGAAAAAAAUUUUCUUGCAGUAUGUCCAAUUUUAUCAGUUUGUUUAAUCACAAAUAUAUCAGAUCGAUCAUGGGCCAAACUAAUAUCUUGUAGAUUUAUAUCUGUGUUAGGUUUGGCCCAUAUAUGGUUACUUAACAGUUUUGUACAGAUAAGAGUAAAUUGUAUAAACCUGUUUGACCCCAUGUUUAACUAACGUCACUGUUUUGCCUUUAUAUGUGUUUUAUGUAUUUAAUUGACAAAAUUAAAAUUAGUAAAUUCAAAA